AUAAAAUACUUCAUAGCUUAAAUUAUUUUAGAGUACAUUUUGUUAGGACAACAAAAAUGUUGGUCCUUCCUUUUGUAACCGUAUUUCUGAUUGCUAUAUCCUUCAGUUUAGUGAACGGGGAAGAUGUUUUGGUUAAACUUCCAUUGGGAACCGUCAAAGGAAAAACAAGGACGACAAUAACUGGAGUAAAACUAUAUUCAUUUCAAGGAAUUCCAUUUGCGGAGCCACCCAUCAAUGAAAACAGAUUUCAAAUAGCGAAACCCAAACUGCCAUGGAAUGGCGUCAUCGACGCAACAGAAGAACGCGAAAUAUGUCUUCAAAUGACAUCUGAUACUGUAGCAGGACAUGAAGAUUGUCUGUUUAUCAACAUUUUUUCGCCAAAAGAUCCAGCAGAAAAUGCUAGUCUUCCAGUAAUGGUGUACAUCUAUGGAGGAGGUUUCAUUGAAGGAUCAUCUCAAGACGUCAACGUUGGUCCCGAUCAUCUGAUGAACUACGAUGUUGUCUACGUAACUUUUAACUAUAGGGUUGGACCAUUUGGAUUCUUUUCUACUGGAGAUGAUGUAGUUCCAGGAAACGCUGGUUUGAAAGACCAAGUACAGGCACUUAAAUUCGUAAAGGAAUACAUUGAGUACUUUGGUGGCGAUCCCAAUAAAGUUACCAUUUUUGGGCAAAGUGCGGGAGGAGCUUCUGUUCACUAUCAAGUUCUAAGCCCAAUGUCGAAAGGCUUAUUUAGAGGAGCUAUUUGUGAAAGUGGAUCAGCGUUAAGUGCCUGGGCUUAUCAAAGCAAUCAAACAGAAAUCUCAUAUUUGCUGGUAAAACUUCUCAAUCCGGAUUUAGCAAAUGCGUCUUCCUCCGAGGUGUAUGAAUACCUGAAACAACUACCAGCAGAGAAGAUCGAUAGAGCUGCUCAUAUUAUACAGAGAAUGGAAAAACCUGCCGAUAAUCAAAUCCAACAAGGUUUUUAUUUCGCCCCAGUCAUAGAACACGAACACGAAAAUGCUUUUCUGACCAAAUCAAUGUAUGAAAUUUUGAAAAACGGAGAUUUUAAUACUGAUGUAAAAGUCAUGAUGGGAGUAAACUCUGAAGAAAAUAUGUUCUACGUUUUAAAUAUGACAAACCUCGAACAGCUAGCAACGGAAAUUUCUGCAGAUCAUUCUAUAUUAAUUCCCAGAGGUCUUCACGCAAAGGAAUCAGAUCGUGCUGCGGUGGCUUCGAAAAUUAAAGAAUUCUAUUCCCCAUACCUGGAGUUUUCUCAGGACUAUAGACGUCUUAUUAAAUACUUCAGUGACCAAAGUUUUGCAAGAUCUCUUGUCAAGAGUGCCGAGCUACAUUCCAAAUGGGCCGAUGUAUAUUUCUAUGAAUUCAUGUUUCAUGGUGUAUUAGGUGGUUUCGUUGAUGAAUCAGUAAUUGGUUUCUCUGAAGAUGUAAGACACGGCGAAGAAAUGAGUUUUAUUCUAAGAAGAAAUUAUGGAGGUUUAAAUACCACAGAUCUUACCAAAUACCCAGAAAUCGAUCAAAUUGUUCAAAAGAGGGUUAUCAAAUUGUGGACUGACUUUGCUAAGUAUUUAAAUCCCACCCCAGAACCAGUUGAGUUGUUGCAAAACAUUACGUGGCCAAUGGUAAAACCAGACGCUUUCCAAUAUUUAGCCAUUGGAGCCUGGUUGGAAGUUCAGUGGAAUCCUAAAAGGGAAAUGUAUUAUUUCUGGACACAAAUAUUCGACCAAUAUGGGGUACAACCAUUUAACUCCUGGUAAAUGUAAAUGAAAUAAAUUAUAAUACUGUAAAUAAGUAGUAAUAAACUAUUGAAAAAUGUU